CGUAGUAGUAAUAGCAGCUCUUCGUUGUUUAAAGCAAUCUUUGUUUUUAUCGUACAGUUUGAAUCCGAAAUUAAUAUAAAAUAACAGAGUAUUUCUGCAGUACCAACAGUAGCAAUAGUGUUGUUCCGGUUGUCGUGGAGUUGGUGAAGUGAGUGGUGGAAUUUUUACGUGAAUAAUAUCAAAAAAUGGCGUCAGGUGUGACAGUGUCGGACGCUUGCAAGACGACGUACGAGGAGAUUAAGAAGGACAAGAAGCACCGCUACGUCGUUUUCUACAUCAGGGACGAGAAACAGAUUGACGUGGAGACGGUCGGCGAGAGGAACGCCGAGUACGACCAGUUCCUCGAGGACCUGCAGAAGGGCGGCACCGGGGAGUGCAGAUAUGGCCUCUUCGACUUCGAGUACACCCACCAGUGCCAGGGCACGUCAGAGGCUAGCAAGAAACAGAAGCUGUUCCUCAUGUCCUGGUGCCCAGACACCGCUAAGGUCAAGAAGAAGAUGUUGUACUCCAGCUCUUUCGACGCGCUGAAGAAGUCGCUAGUCGGUGUACAGAAGUACAUCCAGGCGACCGACCUUUCGGAAUCUUCCCAGGAGGCUGUCGAGGAGAAGCUACGCGCCACGGACCGUCAAUAAUCUGCAUUUAACUUCGCUACGACCGACGUACGGGGCCGUCUACAGCAGUUGCACGAGGUCAUUUGACCGCGGUCAUCUGACCCCCGGUUAUUUGACCGAUGGUCAUCUGACCGCUGAGGCCACUUAUCUUGGAGGAGUCUGUGACUUGACCGAGGACAAAAUUAGAAGUAACAGUACAGGUUCGACCUCAAUUUUACGAGGUGCAUUCGACCUCAGACUAGUCGCAUGAGGUGACAGAAUUUGACCUUUUCACCGACUUCCAAAAAAGAGGUUUAUAUGUGAUCUCGUCACUUUUUAUAUGCAUUUAAUAUUGGGAUAUCCGUAGUGCAACUGUAUAGUUAGCCCCGCAGUGAUAAUUUCUUCAAGCUUUGGCGGUCGAGUCUGUGAGAAUAUUACUGAAUAGCGAAUAUGAAUCUAAAUUUAAUUUAAAUUAUACUUUAUAUAUAUUUUUCCUAUAAACUAAAGUUAUUUUAAGCUCAAACAAAACAGGUUGCAAGCGGUCGGCUUUCUAGUGUAUUUAGUUUUUGUAAUACAGUUUUUGUAAUGCGGUUUUCAUGAGAUUCAAAUUGCUAUGCGGUAAGCUUACGUCGUAAGGGCGUGUACUAAGUAUUUUGUAACCAAUUUAUUCUGAAAUACACUCGAUAUAAGUGAA